CAAAAUUGAAAACACUAAGCACACGCCCUUGAGAGAAAAAAUCGAAAAUGAUGAGAGCCACAGGCGGUGGCCGCCGCCGCCCAAAGGAGUCGCUCAAUCCACCGCCGCCUCCUACCCCGCAGGAGCACCUCCGCCAGUUCGGACGAGACUCGGACGCCAGCUUCGCCAGCAGCCGGCCCUCCUCCGUCGGCAUGGGCCGCGCCCCCUCCGCCGCAGCCUCCUUCGAGCUCUACAAGGACCGCUCUCUCCAGCAAUCGGCCAUCUCCACCAUCAACUCCUACCUCUCCUCCCUCUCCUUCCCUCCCCUCAAAACCCCCUUACCCUCCGCCAAGGAGAUCAUCCAAACCCUCCAUUUCCUCCUCUCCCGCCUCGACUUCUCUUCCUCCAAGCUCGAAGAAGACCUCCCCUCUCUCCUCAAGUCUCUCAACUACCCCUUCAAAUUCAACAAAUCCAUUCUCAAGUCCCCCGGCACUCCGCACCAGUGGCCCUCUUUUCUAGCCUUGAUCCACUGGCUCGUCCAGAUUGCGCUAUUCAAAGAUCAUCUCUCGUCGCCCUCGUCGCCGUCCGAAUUUUCCGACGGCGACAACGAUGAGAUGAAGGCCUACGUCCUGGAGAGUUACUUGCACUACAUACACGGAGACGACGACUCGGUGGACGCCUUGGACGGCGUUUUUGUGGAGAGGCUGGAGAGGAAGAAGGAGGACUUGAGGGAAAGUGUGGGGGUGUUGGGCUCCAAUGUGGGGGAGCUGGAGGCCAAGGCAGAUGCGCUGCGGUCGGGGCCGUCGCAGAAGGAGGUGCUGGAGAAGGAGAAGGGGCUGCUGGAGGAAGACGUGAACAAAUUCCGCACCAUAAUUACGGAAUUCUCAGAGAGGGUCGCGGCGAUGGAGAAGGUGCUGGAGGAUAAGGAGAGGGAGUUGGAGGCGAAGGUGGAGGAGAGGAAGAGGAUUUGUGAGGAGAAUGAGGAGCUGAAGAGGAGGGUGGAGACGCAAACGGUGAAUGCGAGGGACGUGGAGAGGAUGAGAAGGGAGUUGCAGGCCUUGGAGAGGGAUGCUGGGGAAGCCGAGCUGGCCAGGAACGCUUGGGACGAGAAGUGCUGGGAUCUUCACUCCACGCUUGACCACAAGUUUAAGGAGCUCGAGGCGCUUGCCAUGCAAUGCAACCAGGCUAUGAGGAGGUUAAAGAUUGAUAACGAUUUUCAGUACGUACUGAAUGCCAAAGGGUCAACACCUACUGAGAUAAUGGGGAUUGAUUACAAAUCAAAACUUCAGCCUGCACUUAAUUCCUAUGCUGAUGAGAUACAGAAGAGUUCUAUGGCGAAAUUAGAAGAAUUGAUUUCCCUUCAGCAACAGUCGAAGGAAAAUGCUGCUAAGAUUGAGGGAAAAAGAAAUCAUGGAGCGGAACUUCAGUCCCUCAUCAAUGAAUUGGAAGCUCAGUUGAACAUGCUGAAGAAGGAAAUACAGGACUACACUCACAGAUGCGCAGCCGAAGCUAAGAAGAUAAUGGAGGAAGUUCAAGAAGAGGCUCAUAACUUAGAUAUUGUGGAAAGAGAAGCGGCAGAGGUUCUGAAGACCUCUGAGUUGAGGUUGCAGGAAGCAAUCAGAGAAAGUGAAGAAGAAAUUCAGAUGCGUGCUCGUGAACUGUUUACGAUGGUUGAUGCAGUCUCAAAAUACAAAGAAUAUGUGGAGUCCAGAAUUUCAGAAAUGAAGAGUGAACUUGCAGAAACUGCUGUUGCCGUUUCAGAUGCUCACAAGGGUUCCUUGCCUGCACAAUUUCGAAUGUUUUAAAUGUAAAUCCCUGAACUUAAGAAAACAAGAAGUUUGUAGACAACCCA